AUGACGAGUCCGAGUUCGCAAACAGAGGAGUUGGACGACGAAUACCUUCGCACAGUAUCUGUUCAUGGUCGAGAGUACCAACAAUACUCAAUCGACAACCAAAUAUCAUUCGAGCCUGUCGACGAAGAUGAAGCUGAGCGCUUGGAACUCCAGCAUCGUAUCUUCAGCAGAGUCUUUGACGGUCGACUGAUCUUCCCUCCGAUACGACGCUUGCAAAAGGUGCUAGACUGCGGCUAUGGUGCGGGCUCCUGGGCUAUCGAUGUAGCAGAACAGAAUCCAGACUGUGAAGUGAUCGGAGUCGAUAUUUACCCUCAUAUGGGCCCGGACGAUAUGCCAGAAAACCUCUGUCUCCAAGUCGACGAUCUCAACCGGCCUUUCACCUUCUCCUCGAGUUCCUUCGACCUUGUCCAUUCUCGACUUCUCGCGGCAGGAAUCAAUCGAGCCCGAUGGCCAUCAUAUAUUAGAGACAUCAAAAGAGUUCUGAAACCAGGGGGCUGGGUGCAGAUGGUCGAAAUAUACUUCAACGUCCAGUCAGACAACGGCUCGAUAAGCGAUGAGCAUGCAUUAAGGCAAUGGAGUUCGCAACUCAUGAGGUCAAUGGAAGGAAUCAAGGACUUCCGCGUGGGCACCCGUCUGAAGACGCUCUUGCUUGCAGCUGGCUUCACAGAGGUAGAUGCCAAGAUGAUUCCUCUACCUCUUUCUGCUUGGCCGGAUAACCCCACAAGCCGAAGUAUAGGCACGAUGAAUUGUGGGAACAUCGCCAAAUUGCUCGCUUCCUUGUCCCUAUAUCCUCUGACUCAACGACUUCAUAUGCCUCCGGCACAAUAUCAAGAUCUGAUAUCACGAGCCCAGGGGGAGGUGGGUGACCGCAGCUUGAAGGCUUAUUUCCCCCUGUAA